AUGUCAGCUCUAUUGAAAAAUGUUACCAACUGUAUAUGGCAUGCCUUCGACUCCUUGCAAAAUAAUGACGUCGUGCAUAAAUCAAAGCUGAAGGUCUUGACCGCAAACAUCGGCACCUUAUUAGAUCUAUACGGCGUGGAGAAAGGUUUGGACCACUUCAGAUCCUCCCAGGAAUUGACCUUCGACGAGUUCCGCCACUACCUUCAACAUGAAGUAUUCAGCUCACUGCCAAAAACAGUAACCCUACCUGUAGUGAGGGAGUACGAGAAGAAGAUCAGCGAGGUUUGCUGGUUCGUGUGUCGGAAAAGCCUCCUGAACCGCGACAAGCCAGUCUUCGGCGACGACUCAGUGUUCAAACUCUUCAGGAUAUUUUGCUUGCUCGCUGAUCUCGUGCACGAUGUUGAUGAAAGCAGCCGCUAUGUAGUUGUUCUACAGCCGUCGGAAGCAGGAAUAGUUGCCGAACAACUAGUCCUCUGCCUCGGACUCCGCUGGGACGCGGCGGACUGGGAGGCGCUAGGCUCCUCUAUCGGUCACUUCAAAUGGGCGGCAUUCCUAGCCGUGCUUGAAGCGAAGUACUGCUGCGACCAGCAGCUGCAUUCCAAAGCAUUGGUCGAAGCCGUCGACGAGAUUUACGAUGUUUUCAUUGAGGAUAUUAUUAAAAAGGGUUACCUGUACAAGAGGGGCUACUUGUUACCAACGAUGCGCGAGUAUUGGUGCGUACUGCAGCCGUGUGCGCUCACCUACUACAAGAGUUCGUCGCAGAAGGAGCAAUGCGGCAGGAUAUCGAUAGACGAGUACUGCUCUGUUGAGUCUGCAGCAGGAGAAGGAAAGUUACAGAGGUUCCAGCUCAUUACACCCGAGAGGACUUUCGAGUUCGGCACGCAGGAUCAUAAGAGUAGGCUGCAGUGGGUGUCGGCGCUGCGGCAGGCGGCCGCGGUGUCGGGCGGCGCGGAGGGGUACCAGCGUCGCGCGCGCGCGGGGCGGCGGGGGGCGGGUGCGCGCCGCGAGCGCGAGGUGCGGGAGACGCGCGCGCGCCUCCAGCACGAGGUGCGUGCGCGCCUCGCCGCAGAGGCACAGGCACAGGAAUUAGCUGAACUGGCGCAACAAGACAACAAGAAAUUAGAAGAACUAAAGAAUGCUCAAACCGAGCUCGAAAGACUUUUACAAGAGGAAACGCAAGCUAAAAGGGACGAAGAAAUUGUUAGAGCACUACAGGCAAGAGUUUUGGCAGAAGAAUGGGAAAAAAGAGAAGAAUUGGAACGCCUUCAAGAAGAACAAAAUAGAAUGUUGGAAGAAGAAAGACUUAAACGAAAACAGUUUGAAAUGCUCCAAGCUGAGAAAGAGGCUCAGUUUAAGGAGGCUGAAAGGAGGCUCAAAGAGCUUGAACGUGAAAAGCAGCGACUUGAUGCAGAAUUGAAAGCGGCUCAAGAAAAGAUAUCGAAGACUGAAUACAACGCACAGGCCUUGCAUGUACAAUUAAGGGAUCAUCCCAUAUUCCGGAAUGGAGAGAGAGCACGCCGCGCUUUAUCGUUUGUGCCAACUACAAAAAGUUCUUCCGACACCCUGAUUGACCUUAAAGCUAUUAGACACUUGCAAGUAUUAGACGACGAAGAUAAAUUAUGA